UUUUACCAACUAUCAUUCGAGAUAGGUGGCGCAAAUGUACUUCCUGUAAAUUGAGACGAUAAUGGAAUAAUGACACAAUGUGCAACAAGUGGUCUAUGAUCUUAAUUUUACUUUUGUUCGUUCAUGUAACCAUAAUAAAUUCUGCUCGUGUGUGUGAGCCUGGUAAAUUUGGUUGGCACUGUAAGUUUUCAUGUUUCUGUGCCGAGGGCAGCUGUGAUCCCGUCACUGGGGCCUGUAGCUCAGGAUGCAAACAGAACCGCUAUGGACCAGGAUGUCAGCUCUUAUCUGUGUUUCGGUACUCUGUGGAGGCACAUGGAUAUUUAGGGAACACAGAUAGGACAGGAGAUGCAGAAAGAUGUGUCCAGUGGAACAAUCCCAUCUUUGUCCAGAUGUAUGGCUUGAAGCCUACAGAUUUUCCAGAUAAGAAGAUUCCUGGUGCUGUCUGUCGAAAUCCACUGAACAAAAAUCUCCACAACUUGGGGCUGACAGAGAAAGGCCCAUGGUGCUUCACCAACUUCAUUGAGAAACCCAAGUACUUCGGGUCAUGUGAUAUUCCAUUACGAGGUUGUGAUUCAGGACGAUUUGGUGAGAUGUGUGAGUUUGAGUGCCACUGUAAAGAUGAGAAAUCUUGUGGUCGCCUCGGAACCUGUUCUUCCGGAUGUCAUCCAGGCUGGAUGAAUACGACCUGUCAAACAAGAUGUAAUGCAGGGAAGUUUGGAGAUGGCUGUGUGUCAACCUGUGGAAGCUGUAAGGUUGGACCCUGUGACUUUGAGACUGGUGAAUGUGACGAAGGAUGCUCAUCAGGAUGGAAAGGGAAACUCUGUAAAACUGGCUGCUCUGAGGGGGAGUAUGGGGAAAAUUGCGCCAAUGUAUGUGGGGCGUGUCUCCGGGACCCAUGUGAUGUUCAUACCGGUCAUUGUGUCCAUGGAUGUCAAGACGGGUACAAAGGACGCCUCUGUAAAACAGAAUGUGAACCCGGUCAUUUUGGGACAAACUGCAGCAGGACAUGUGGGCAUUGUGCAUUGGGGAGCUGUCAUUUUGUAACGGGGGAGUGUUCUACAGGAUGUUCUCCUGGGUGGCAGGGAGCACAGUGUCUGGAUCCUUGUGAUGAUUUUAUGUUUGGCGAGAACUGUUCAAUGAAGUGUGGUGCAUGUAACGGCAUGUCCCCGUGUGAAAAGGAUGCAGGAGAGUGUAUAGAUGGGUGUGAACAGGGAUAUAAAGGCAAGCAGUGUCUAGAUUUGGUCCCAAGGGAGCUAACUGAUGACAAAUCAGUGGGGAGUGCUGUUGGCGGCAUUAUAGCGGGAUUAGUCAUCAUUGCUGCCAUAGUCGUGGUGGUUAUCCUCAUCAGGCGUAGGAAGAUGCAGAGCGCAUUGCUGGGUAAGAAGCUCGGACAAGAUGCAGAAAGACCGACUGGUGAAUUUAAUCUGAGCAAGGAGACAGAUGGCCUGAUAGCUAAUGAGUCCUCAACAUCUGAUGACAUAGAUCCCAAUCUGAAUGAACCGAUCUAUGCCAAUGUCAACACCAAGAAGCAGAGCAGCCCCAUCAAAGUCGGGAACCUGUUUGACUACAUCCGAGACAACAAGAAAAACGAAUGUGAGGGAUUCAAGAAGGAGUUCAAUGAACUUCCUCAUGGAUUGAUGGCACUGUGUGAUGAAGCAAAGAAACCAGAAAACAAACCUAAAAAUAGAUAUGGAAACAUUACUGCCUAUGACCACUCCCGUGUUGUGUUGGAUCCACUCCCCAAUGAUCCCAGUUCAGAUUACAUUAAUGCAAACUACAUUGAUGGUUACAACAGAAAAGGGGCGUACAUAGCAUCCCAAGGUCCCACUAAGGUGAUGAUUCGAGAUUUCUGGAGAAUGAUCUGGCAAAAGAGAGUUUGUAAAAUUGUUAUGCUCACCAAUUUGAUGGAGGCCUGCAAGAAAAAAUGUGAGCAAUACUGGUCGGAGGAAGGGACAGCUAAAUAUGGCGACAUUACGGUAGAGAUGCUGGACACUGCUGUCUUCAACGACUUCACCAUCCGGACGUUCAAGAUUGCCGCAAAUGGAAGUAGUCGGAUUGUGAAACAGUUUCACUUCACCAGUUGGUCAGAUCACGGCGCCCUGAUCUACCCCACGCCUCUGCUGACGUUCAGGCGGAAAGUGCGGAUGUAUAGUCCGGAGAGCACAGCCCCAAUCGUUGUUCAUUGCAGUGCUGGGAUUGGGCGUUCGGGCACGUACAUUGCCUUAGAUUAUUUGAUGGACCAGGCCAAAAACGAGAACAUUGUAGACGUAUUGAAGUGUUCUCAGCUGAUGAGGGCAAACCGAAUCAACAUGAUUCAAACUUGGGAACAAUACGUUUUUGUGUACGAGACUCUACUGGAGGCUACUCAGGCAGGGGAGACAACUAUACCAUACUCAGCAUUCCGCGCACAGUAUGAGGAGCUGUGUAAACAACCAGACAAUGGGGGACCAUCAAAAAUGGAGGACCAGUUUAAGGUGCUACAGAAAUUAACCAUUGGUAUCGACAGUUCCCAGUACAAGGAAGCAUUAGACGCAGAGAAUGUCAGCAAAAACAGGGUCAAGAAUAUUUUACCAGCCAAACGAUGCCGCCCCAAUCUGUACACCCAGGUGGAGGGAUGCAAUAACUACAUAAACGCUAUGUUUCUUCCAGGUUACAUCCAUCGUGAUUCCUUCAUUGUCACUCAGAUGCCUCUACCCAACACAGUGGCUGACUUUUGGAGAAUGCUGUAUGAUUACAAUUCUCAUACAGUGGUCAUGCUGAAUGAGUUUGACAGAAAUGAUAAGACUUGUGCCCUGUAUUGGCCUGAGGAGUAUGGUUAUAUGGUGGAGUAUGACCCUCUCAGUAUAGAACUGCUGUCAUCAACCGAAGACAACAACGUCUCCAUCCGAAUCUUCAAACUCAGUAACCACAUCAAAAAAGAGGAGCGAGCAAUCAAACAGUUUCAGCUGAAAUCCUGGACAGAGAACCAAAUCGUGCCAAAUAACCCCGACUCCUUGAUGGAGGUGAUGGAAAUGGUGUAUGAUUGGAUGAAACAGAACGGCAAAGGACCAAUCACAGUCCACUGCAUGAAUGGUGCUAAGAAGAGUGGUUUGUUUUGUGGAAUUAACCUGAUGUUUGAAAGAAUGCAGAGAGACCAUGAGGUGGAUGUGUUCCAAACCCUGAAAACAAUCCGUGUUAAUCGACCUCAGUUUAUUGAGGAUAUUGAGCAAUACCAAUUCUGUUACCAGAUGGCGAUGAAGUAUCUGGAUUACAAUGAUCUGUAGAAAACGUAGAUCUGAGUGGAUGAUGUCAUAUUUCAGCCACAUCAUUGUAGUGUGUAGACCUCACCGAUUUGAAGGACUCUGUAUCACUGUAUCAACAUUACACCACAUUGUCUGUCAGGGUUUUGACUGGUGCUCCAAGUUAUUCUCUGUUCAGAGAACCAGUCCGGUUCAUUACUGGUUGUGAUCCUGUUGAUGAACAGGUUGUAAGGUUCAUCACUGGUUGUGAUUCUGUUUAUAGACAGAUCAUAAAAAGCUUUACAGGUUGUAUAUUUAUAGCAUGCAUUCAGGUUGUGUAAUAUUCUAUACUUUUUGUGAUUUGUACAAUCAUGUUUUUGAUUUUUUUUUGUUUUGGCAUUUUUCAUAAUAUUAUUCUUGUCAUAAUGUGUCAAACUUGAUAAAGUAUUACCGAGAAGAUAUAUAUAUUUUUAUACGUAUAUUUUAAAUGCUAACUUUUAUUUCAACAUUCCAAUUUCAAAGUAUUUCUGUGCAACAAUUUGAAAUGAUUCCACUUUUUAUUCAUAAAUGAUGUGCAAGAUGAAUAUUGUAUCCAGGGUUAUUUGUCCUGUGUAUAUUUGUCCUCUUACACUUGCAGACGGUUUUGCCCCAUUUUAAAUUUUUUAUUAGACUCAGUUGUGUUUAUAGAGAGAUAACCAAAGAAUUCACGUAGUCUUACAUUCAGCCACUGACGAGGACGAAAGGAGUGAAAAUAAAACGGGCGGAUAUUUCCCUGUAUACAAUGUUCAGGCUCCAAAAAUGAAUGAUGGCCAAAUCGUUCAUAGUAACUAUGAUGCUAGUGAUUUAUUUAAUUUUAGCCAGUGUUUUUUGGGUCACCUGAGUCAAUCGGAUGGCUAAUUGUGGUUGGUAGUUGUCUGUUGUCAUGCAUUAACAUUUGAAAAAAUCAACUUAUUCCCUGAAAGAACAUGGCCAAUUUUCAUCAAAUUUGGCAUAAAACAUCUUUUGGCAUAAUUGCAUGGUCACUACACUCCAUAGGUCAAAACUUUAAAAAAUAAUGCAAUAUUUUAUAAUCUCUUUUAUGUUGGGACACCUAGUAGACACUUAAAAUGUAUAAAUAUAUCAUCAUGUAUAAAAUGAUGAUGAACAAGGGGACCUACCAGAAAUAUGAAAUUCCUGUUCCCUGGGUCAGGGGUUCUAGUGCUAGGGUCAAAUUCCUGUUCCCUGGGUCAGGGGUUCUGGUGCUAGGGUCAAAUUCCUGUUCCCUGGAUCAGGGGUUCUGGUGCUAGAGUCAAAUUCCUGUUCCCUGGGUCAGGGGUUCUUGUGCUAGAGUCAAAUUCCUGUUCCCUGGGUCAGGGAUUCUGGUGCUAGGGUCAAAUUCCUGUUCCCUGGGUCAGGGGUUCUGGUGCUAGGGGGUAAGGCUUUAUGGCUCAUAUAGUGAUAUUGCAUUCAUUCUUAAAAAUCUUCUUUAACCUUGCAUAGCUUAAAGAAAAACUAAAUGCAUCGAUCCCUCGACCAAAAUUUAAAACUCAUGACUCCUGGACCAAGCUUUAGGCCGUCUUCCAAAUAUUUACAAGAAAUACAGUAUACUUGGUUAAUAUAAAAAGCAUGUAGAAAUUUCCUACCCCUUGUCUGGGUUUAGGUAAAUGACAAGCCUAAACCAGUUUAGAGUGAAAAUGCAUUUAAUCUUUAAAAAUUUAAGAAAUCAUUUUUAUUUCUGUGGAUUGUGAAUGAAUAUGGUUUGCAUGGUUAUGAAGAGCAUGUAGUCCUCUACCAAAAUUGUGAACUUCUCUCCACCUGCAUUAGGAGUUCAGGCUGUAUUGUGAACUUCUCUCCACCUGCAUUAGGAGUUCAGGCUGUAUUGUGAACUUCUCUCCACCUGCAUUAGGAGUCCAGGCUGUAUUGUGAACUUCUCUCCACCUGCAUUAGGAGUCCAGGCUGUAUUGUGAACUUCUCUCCACCUGCAUUAGGAGUUCAGACUGUAUUGUGAACUUCUCUUCACCUGCAUUAGGAGUUCAGACUGUAUUGUGAACUUCUCUUCACCUGUGUCAGGGGUUCAGGCUGUAUUGUGAACUUCUCUUCACCUGUGUCAGGGGUUCAGGCUGUAUUGUGAACUUCUCUUCACCUGUGUCAGGGGUUCAGGCUGUUGGGAGGAGUUCAUUAGGAGAAAGAGUGGCGAUACAUUUUAUCUGGUAAAAUUGUUGAAUGGGAAAAAGUGGAUAUCUGUUUGAUCUGGUAAAAUCAUCCUCUUUACUUCAGUGCUUUGUGACGUUUGUUUAUGAAAACUUCUACUAAAACUGUGAAAUGACUGGCCCCCAGACAGGUUACUGAGGCUUAAGGCCGCUGCAGUCAAAGAGUGAAAAUACAGAACAUGAUUUUGUUUAAAUGCUGUCUCGCUCUUGAACAUUUAAAAUUGAAUCUGGAAAGCCGUUGGAGAGUCGUUGCCUGUUACUCGGGUGACUGUUUAAAGGCCAGUCGGCCACUUGUUUCAAUAAAUAGUGGUCUUGUGUUAACAUUGUACAUGCAUAUUUGCUUUACUUUUCCUGCUUGUGAACAAAUUUGUUUCAUUCCAGCUUUUUAUAUAUACACAUGUAUAUGGUUUAGAAGCCCAUUGCUACAUUCCGUAACAUUGACAAACAAACCCUUGUAAAAUCUGAUAAUGAUCAGUUGAUUGGUUUUCCCUUUAAUUAUUAGUGUACAGAGUUAAUGCUCAUUAGAUAGAAUACUCAAACGUUCAAUUCAUUGUGCUGUUUCAUAAACGUUCCCCUAUAAAGAAUUUUUGUCUACAACAUUUCAGGAACAGUAUUUACUUCAUAUAUUUGAUAAUUUUUUUAACUCCUCUGUUGACCAAAUGAGUGGUGUUUUAGGUGGUAAAUUUUUUACCAGUAUGACGUAUCAUAUGAUAGAAUUGUUAAACAUAUGUAUCAUAUGAUAGAAUUGUUAAACAUGUAUCGUAUGAUAGAAUUGUCAAACAUGUUUCGUAUGAUAGAAUUGUCAAACACAUGUAUCAUAUGAUAGAAUUGUUAAACAUAUGUAUCAUGAUAAAAUUAUUAAACACAUGUAUCAUAUGAUAAAAUUGUUAAACAGCUGCUGACAGAUUCAGGGUUGUGUUGUCUUGUUAUCAAAAUAGACUUGUUGGCAUGAACAUCUUACGUAAGAUAAAUUGUUUUGUUGUAGAAGGCUCUCCGCACACUGAGCCCAGUUUGUACAUGGAUGUCUCAUCCUUGUGUAAUCAGCUUCUAUUAAACUUUAAUUUUU